AUGACGUCUUGUUGCUCCCCUCCAUCUGGUCUUCUGGUGGCGAGGGUCCCCUGUCGCCACCGUGGCUACACUGCCACACGCCAUGCCAUGCCACCACAUGCCAAAGAGUACAGAAUCCUGUGGAUUAAUAUACGCUUUGGGCCAGAACUGCAGAAAGAUGAAAUGGAUGAUACACACUCAGAACAGGAAGAAACAUUUCUGCCUUCACCACUUGAGAAUCCUGAGCUAAAUAUCAAUCACCCCUACUAUGAUGUUGCAAGACAUGGCAUCAUCCAGUUGGCAGGUGAUGACAGUUCUGGAAGGAAGGUGAUAGCCUUCAGCUGCUGCCGCACCCCAUCCCAUCAACUCAAUCACACAAGGUUGCUUGAGUACUUAAAGUAUACUCUGGACCAGUAUGUAGAAAAUGAUUAUAUGGUUGUCUACUUUCACUACAGCCUGAAGAGUCUGAAUAAACCAUCUCUGAAAUGGUUACAAACAGCCUACAAGGAAUUUGACAAGAAGUAUAAGAAAAACCUUAAAGCACUGUAUGUUGUCCAUCCAACCAACUUCAUAAAAAUUUUGUGGAAUAUCUUUAAACCUCUUAUAAGCCACAAGUUUGGGAAAAAGAUCACCUACUUGGACUAUUUAAGUGACUUUGGAGAAAAUCUCAAAUAUGACCAGUUAAAUAUCCCUCAAGAAGUCAUCCGACAUGAUGAAAAUCUUUGGAGGAAACAGAAGGGAAAAAUCCCACCUGUGUUUAAGAUUCCUCCACCACAGCCACCUCUGCCUACCCAGCAAUUUGGAGUCAGCCUGCAAUAUAUCGAGGACAAAAACAAAGACGAACUAACCCCAGUAAUGAAGGAAAUUUUAUCCUAUCUAAAAAGUAAAGGACUACAAGUAGACCUCUUCAGGAGGUCAGCCAGCAUCCAGACUAUCAAAGAUGUGCAGAAACUCUACAAUCUGGGCAAGUCUGUGAAUUUUGAUAAUUAUCAUGAUAUCCAUAUUCCUGCAGUUAUCCUGAAGACUUUCCUCAGGGAGCUGCCUCAGCCAUUGCUAACAUUUGACUGUUACGAUCAUGUCCUUGGAAUCACUAGUGUGGAGAGCUGUUUACGAGCCACCAGAUGCAAACAAAUCAUUCAAGGACUUCCUGAACACAAUAAUGUUGUUCUGAAAUAUCUGCUAUGCUUUCUCCAUAUGGUUUCACAGGAGAGCAUCCAUAACAGAAUGACAGCAUCCAGCCUGGCCUGUGUCUUUGGUUUGAAUUUGAUCUGGCCAUUGAAAGGAACCACCUCCCUGAGCGCUCUCGUACCCGUGAAUCUCUUCACUGAACUGCUGAUAGGUUUCUACAUGAAUAUAUUCAAUUCCCAAACAGUGCCUGGUGAGAUCUUGCCUUAAUGCUCUCAGAAGGGAAAAUGGAAUAAGGCUGCCUGAGGGAAAGGUCUCUUGGAUGAGACCUCUGUAUCUAGGGCUCUCCUGUGAAAAAAAAUUUCAACAUGGAGUAGAGUUUCUGUAUCUUUCCAAAUACCAAAGAUAUUGGGAGAAGACCGGUGUUACAUAUAUUCCCAUCACAUGGGGAGAAUAUCAACGUGAACAUUCAAAGACAAAUAGAUCAAAGUGAAUCCACUUGCUAAACUUCAGCAGCUGACAAAAAUUGAUAUGUUAAAAAACCCUGUAGAUACAAAAAUGCUGCUAGCAAGGAUUUUCUUGCUAUUUUCUAAGUCCGUGAGAGAC